GCCACACACACACACACACACACACACACACACACACACACGGCACAGAUUUCCAAUAUCAACGCAUCUUGAUGUAAAACACGGACUCAAAGAGAUGAGAGAAGAACAUUAGUCAUGGACAACAGUGCUUUAACACAUUAUUGAAACUACAAACUCACAUCCACAGUGGUUUCAUGUUGACAGAUUGAAUAUUUUGAAAGCUUGAGGUAUUUUAUAAUGAAACAUGCCAUGUGAAAACACUGAAGCUUAAAAUUCUGCCAAACAGCUGAAUAAAGAAUUCCUCAUCGGGUAUGUAAGAGAACUCCCCACCACCACCAUGACAAACCAGGAAAAGUGGGCCCACCUCAGCCCCUCAGAAUUUUCCCAACUUCAGAAAUAUGCAGAAUACUCUACAAAGAAACUGAAGGAUGUCCUUGAAGAAUUCCAUGGCAAUGGAGUGCUUGCAAAGUAUAAUCCUGAAGGGAAACAAGACAUUCUUAACCAAACAAUAGAUUUUGAAGGUUUCAAGCUAUUUAUGAAGACGUUCCUGGAAGCCGAGCUUCCCGAUGAUUUCACGGCACACCUUUUCAUGUCGUUUAGCAACAAGUUUCCUCAUUCUAGUCCAAUGGUAAAAAGUAAGCCUGCUCUCCUUUCAGGUGGUCUAAGAAUGAAUAAAGGCGCUAUCACCCCUCCCCGUACUUCUCCUGCAAAUACAUGCUCUCCAGAAGUAAUCCAUCUGAAGGACAUUGUCUGUUACCUGUCUCUCCUUGAAAGAGGAAGGCCUGAGGAUAAACUUGAAUUUAUGUUUCGCCUCUAUGACACAGAUGGGAAUGGCUUCCUGGACAGCUCGGAGCUAGAAAAUAUCAUCAGUCAGAUGAUGCACGUUGCGGAGUACCUUGAGUGGGAUGUCACUGAACUCAAUCCAAUCCUUCAUGAAAUGAUGGAAGAGAUUGACUACGAUCACGAUGGAACAGUCUCUCUGGAGGAAUGGAUCCAAGGAGGAAUGACGACGAUUCCACUUCUUGUGCUCUUGGGCUUGGAAAAUAAUGUGAAGGAUGAUGGGCAGCAUGUGUGGCGACUCAAGCACUUUAACAAACCUGCCUACUGCAAUCUUUGCCUGAACAUGCUAAUCGGUGUGGGGAAGCAAGGCCUCUGCUGCUCCUUUUGCAAGUACACAGUUCAUGAGCGCUGCGUGGCUAGAGCACCUCCCUCUUGCAUCAAAACUUACGUGAAGUCCAAGAAGAACACGGAUGUCAUGCACCAUUACUGGGUUGAAGGCAACUGCCCAACCAAGUGUGAUAAGUGCCACAAAACAGUUAAAUGUUACCAGGGCCUGACAGGACUGCAUUGUGUUUGGUGUCAGAUCACAUUGCAUAAUAAGUGUGCUUCUCAUCUAAAACCUGAAUGUGACUGUGGACCUUUGAAGGACCAUAUUUUACCACCCACAACAAUCUGUCCAGUGGUCCUGCAGACUCUGCCCACUUCAGGAGUUUCAGUCCCUGAGGAAAGACAAGCAACAGUGAAAAAGGAAAAGAGUGGUUCCCAGCAGCCAAAUAAAGUGAUGGACAAGAACAAAAUGCAAAGAGCCAACUCUGUUACCGUGGAUGGGCAAGGCCUGCAGAUUACUCCUGUUCCUGGUACUCAUCCACUUUUAGUUUUUGUGAACCCCAAAAGUGGUGGGAAACAAGGAGAACGAAUUUACAGAAAAUUCCAGUAUCUACUAAAUCCUCGUCAAGUUUACAGUCUUGCUGGAAAUGGGCCGAUGCCAGGGUUAAACUUUUUCCGUGAUGUUCCUGAUUUCAGAGUGUUAGCCUGUGGUGGAGAUGGAACCGUGGGGUGGAUUUUGGACUGCAUAGAAAAGGCUAACGUAGUCAAGCAUCCUCCAGUUGCUAUUCUGCCUCUUGGGACCGGCAAUGAUCUAGCAAGAUGCCUGCGAUGGGGAGGAGGUUAUGAAGGUGAGAAUCUGAUGAAAAUCCUAAAAGACAUCGAAAACAGCACAGAAAUCAUGUUGGACAGGUGGAAGUUUGAAGUCAUACCUAAUGACAAAGAUGAGAAAGGAGACCCAGUGCCUUACAGUAUCAUCAAUAAUUACUUUUCCAUUGGCGUGGAUGCCUCCAUUGCUCACAGAUUCCACAUCAUGAGAGAAAAACACCCAGAGAAAUUCAACAGUAGAAUGAAGAACAAAUUUUGGUAUUUUGAAUUUGGCACAUCUGAAACUUUCUCAGCCACCUGCAAGAAGCUACAUGAAUCUGUAGAAAUAGAAUGUGAUGGAGUACAGAUAGAUUUAAUCAACAUCUCUCUGGAAGGAAUUGCUAUUUUGAAUAUACCAAGUAUGCAUGGAGGAUCCAAUCUUUGGGGCGAGUCUAAGAAAAGACGAAGCCAUCGCAGAAUAGAGAAAAAAGGGUCUGACAAAAGGACUACGCUUACAGAUGCCAAAGAGUUGAAGUUUGCAAGUCAAGAUAAAAAUAACACACAAGAACCAAGCCCCAAUACUGAUGGGCCCUCCUCCAAAAACCGGGUUGUUCUGCUCCCUCGUCAAAAGAACAAGAAACCGAAGCAAGGAAUAAUCCUUUACCAUUUCAUCCUUAGAGAUCUAAUUAGCAUAAUUGGGCCAUGGAACACUUAUGGUGGACAUCUUUGAACCAUGUCAAGUCUGCUGCUCGUGCGAAAUGGAAUUGGUUUAACAAUUUUUGUUACUCGGCUAAUGUAAAAUUCAGCUAUUAGGAUAUUUAUUGUCUCAGUUUUUAUAGGCAUCUUUGCAUGAAGAAGGCAGUGUACAUGAAGUGAUACUGCAUAUUUUUGUUGCAUGCAUUCCCAUAGAUUUUUAUGUCUCCCACACAUACCUCCCCAGUUUUCAUUUACUAACCUGUGAGAAAAACCUGUGAAACAUGAAGAAGGAAAUGCCAUGAGAAUUGUGAGUCUCAGGGUGGUUCCAGUUAUGAAUAAGCACUAAUGCUACAGUGAUCACAUUCACAGAACACUAUACUUUCCCUUUUAGAAUUCAACAAUGUGUCAAUGAUCUUUGACCUAUGACCUGAAGAGAAACUUUUAAUUGAAGAUUUCAUUAAAUAGUUGUCUAUGAUAUCUUGCUGUAUCUACAUAGUUUUUCUUUGAUAUCUUAAUGCUUCUGAGUGGAAUUUAAAAUACCAGGUAUAAAGUUUUCUAGUGCUGAAAAAUAGAAAGUGGUUUUGUUUUGAGUCUUUUUUAAUUACAGAAAUUAGUGAAAACGUGUUACUUGGCAGUGAAGUGCAGUAAUGUGACAAGGCUUAUUCCUUUGUGCAUGUGAAUCUAAGAGAAAAUUUAUAACCACACCAGUAACCAAAUAGCCAUUUUAAACUAUGUGCCUAAUAGACACGUUUCCCACCAAAGAUUCACAAAAAGAUGCUUGAGGGAAAUGGGUUGAUAUAUAACUAGUAUUGUAGAGAAAAUUUAUCAUUCUUAUGAAUAAUUUGUGAUGACUAAAACUCUAGAAGAGAGUGAAUUGCCCAUUAAUUACAAUUAAAAUUCUCACCUUUCACAGAUCAACCAUACAACACAAUCAAAGCUCAAUAGCCUCAUGUCUUGCUUUUUUUGGUCAUUUAUAAAUAUAGGUGUCUGUAAUUUUUUAAUGAAUCAGUUAAGUACUCUUGAGAAAGUAAAUUAUUUUGUCAGUUUCUUUCUAGUAUAAAUUGAUACCUAUAAUAAUGUUGAGCUCAUCGAAACAAAUCAUGCAUGCGGUGACCGCCCACCCCAUGUGCUCCUCUCCCAUCUAUAUAACACUUUAAGUAUUUAUUUGGAAAUAAUGGCCAAGAUCAUUAUUUAAGGUGCUCAUGGCAUGGUUAGAUUCUCUGAUUGUUUAAAGAAAUUAUGGAAUAGUACUUUUCUUAGUGUUUCAUUAAGCUUAUGAUACAAAAUGAAAUGCUAUUCUGAGCAGUUUUGGUAUUGUUCAUUCAUAUUGACCUGCAUUUCAUCCUUGCAUGUUUUAUGUUUUCAAACAUGCCAUAAGGAGAACAAGUGCUUGAAGUGCAUGAUUUAUUAGUUUCUCUCUCCAUUCUGCAUUAAAGUACUAAUGAUUUAUCAGUCUUUUUUUCUGUUGAUUCAUUCAUCUUUGAAUAACAAAUAGCAUUUAGUGAUUCUGUUGAAUACAAUCCUGUGCAUGGAUUUAUGGAUUUCAAGUGAAAUUGCUGUAAUUUUUGUUCUUUGGUUUGAAAACUCAACUGAAUGCUGUUAUAUCAAAUAGCUACUCUCAAGCAAUGCGCUAUAAUGGAAGAUUAUGUAUAAAGCAUAUUCUUGUAGUGUUCUAGGAACAUUGGAUGGUAAAUAUCAAUCAACAAUAAGUUUAAUUGCUUUGAAAAUAAAAGCUUUUGAAUAAAAUUAAGGCAUAAUUUAGUAUUCCCAGGAAAAUUAUCAUUACAAUUGCAAAUGCAGCAUAGCAAUCACUUGCCCUAGUAUAAUUUUAAAAAGUUAUUUGGCAGAGAGUAAUCUAGACCGAAAGAAUUCUCAAAACAGUAACAAAUGCAUUACUGACAUAAUGUUACAUAACACACACAUUGAUUUUGUGUAUCUAUGGUUACAGGUAAUAAAUAUUUUCACAUAAAUUGACAAAAUUUUCUACAAUGGGCAGGCAGACUCUAUGUCAAAAACAUAUUCUGAAGCCACACAUUUUUUAUGUUCGGUACAACAUAUAAUUAUUUCUCAUCUACCUUUUAUAGUAUAUAGUCUGAAGGCAGCAACAUUUUGUGAAUCUUUCUUAACAACUGGUACGGUGGAAAGCUGUUGAAUAGACAGUGAGAUGAGAUAAAUCAAGCAACUUGCCUAUAAGACUUUAAUAAUUGACAUGAUAGAAUGCAGCUUUACUUCAGUGUGCUAUAUAACUAUAUGAGUGCUAAUAUCGUCACUCACAUUUUUUCAGUCAGAGGGAUAUAUUGGUAUAUUAAGAUUGGAAUCAAAUAUUAUUUUCCCCAACUCAUUCGCUAAACCCCUGGGGUUUAGAGAGGUACUUUUAAAAACCUCCUUUGAUGGUUUUGGAAUCAGAGAAGAUAUUGUCCCCAUUUUUAUGAUAGCUUUAAGUGAAAAAUACAUAUUAUAAGUAAAAUUCUAAACUGAAAGUUCUAUGGUAUAUUAAAAUACUUAAUAAUGAAUGUUAGCUUUACAAAAUGGAAAGUUUUUUAUAUGUGUGUGGUUGAGUGAGUUGAGUCAACAUCUUUUAAAUAUAGUAGACACAGUAUUAUAAAGUUACAAGUGGAUGAAGCUCAUAAGUAAAAAUCAGUACUGGGUUUGCAGGGGUCCAAGGAAAAGGGGAAAAGAGAUAAGCAAUUUGCUAAACAUUGCAAUGCACUGCUUGAUGAACAGAGAGAGAUUCCAGAAUAAAUCUGGAUAUCCAUGUUUCUAAUAGGACUCGAAGUGUCUGUGUAGGACCAGAAACUUUAAAGGACAUAUAUGUAUCUUAUCACUUACAUCUGCAUACUAUAUGUACUUGAUGCAAAAAUCACUGGUCUAUAAAUUGUGGACAAAGGAGAUACCUUGUGAAGAUAAGAAAAUUUUUAAAAACUUUUCAUUUUUAAAUAGGUUAUAUGAUUAUAGCCAGAAUAAAUCAAAAGGCUCUGAUGUUUAGUCCAUGGCAGGCAAAAAUUUUAAUUCAGUGGGAAUUAAUGAAUAACAUAUAUGUUUCUGCAUUUUGUUCUUUUUUUCCUUUAUUUUUAGGAGGAUGGGAAGCUAUUUUAAUUUUCAAGAAAGAAUCUGUUUUGAAUAUCAAACUUUAUUCUACUUGAAUAAGAUGGAACUUUUAAAUGGCUCCACCACUUUUUGUGUCAAAGUUGUUUAUUGGUUAUAAAAAGGAAUCUGUACCUUUCAUGGCACACGUAGUCCCCAAAGCAUUAUUUAAAUACAAUACAUGUUUUCUAAAUUAAAAAACUAAACCCAUGUAAAAGAUGUUGAGGAUAUAAAAUUUAAAUAAACAAAAACCUGCAAAAGAGCUUUUAUUUUAUGAAAGGCAGAAAUCACCCCUUAAAUCACCCAAUUAAAUUUCAUUCUAUGAAGUUCAAAUAAACUAACAUUUCAAGGAUUCUGUACUUCCUUUUUGUGUUGAAAAGCAUAGAAAUCACUUAAUUACAGUAUCUUAAUUAUUUUCUCAGAAAGUGUUAUAUACAAUAUCCUGCUUUUUGAAAUAAAAAUGUUAACCACU